GCGUUUCUACACUUCUUUAUCUAUAUCUUUCCUUCUGGAAAGAGUUUGAUAUACUAGUACUAUUUAGUAAUCCGAAAAGCAAUUUCGUAAAACUCUGACAACAAACGCUCGUGAAAGAUGGCUUACAGCACGGGCUCAAUCUUUUUGCUGCUUCUAAGCACUUGUUAUGGGCAGUUAGUUAACAUGCUGUCCCAGUAUCCUAAAGCAUCCACGCAAAAGGUGCACCCAAAUUUUUUCAUUCGGAACUCAGAUAUGUUGACAAUACUGUCAGAGAUACUUUAGAUCACGCUACGUUAAAAACCAUCAUGUCUAAUGCAGUGCAGAAUAUCACAUAUAUCAAGAAUCAAACUUUUUCGGAAUAUAUCCACGCCGAAUAUAUGGCGGGCGUGAAAAACGAAGACGUGAAGCUCAGUAUUCGAGAACUGAUCACAAAGUAUGGAUAUCCCCUGGAAGAACACGAGGUGAUCACUGCGGACAGCUACAUAUUAAGAAUGUUCCGGAUACCGGGGAACGGGCCCGUUGUAUUGCUCAUGCACGGACUGUUCGGGAGUGCUGAUGAUUUCGUGGUAGCAGGCCCCAAGAACAGUUUAGCUUACUUGCUGGCAAACGACGGGUACGACGUGUGGCUGGGCAACGCCAGGGGGAACAAACACUCGCGCCGGCACGUCAGUCUCGAUCCCGCUGGGCCCGCAUUCUGGAAGUUCUCUUGGCACGAAAUUGGUUACUACGACCUGCCGGCGAUGAUCGACUACAGUCUAAACGUGACGAAUAGGAGGUCUCUGUACUACAUCGGCCACUCGCAGGGCACUACCUCCUUCUUCGUUAUGGGCUCUGAGAGACCGGAAUAUAAUGAGAAGGUGACUCUCAUGAUAGCGCUAGCACCAAGUGCUUACCUAUCACAUACGAAGUCCCGACUUAUGCGAGUUUUAGCUCCUAAAGGAGCCCUCAUACAGACGGUGUUGAAUAACAACGGCAUAUACGAGUUACUGUCGGACACUCCAACAAUGCGCGCCGUGAAGGACAUCCUUUGUAAUACGGGCCCGCUGGUGGAUAUCUUAUGCAAUAGAAUAGUUAUGAGCCUCAAUAUUUUCAGCUAUACUGAAUUAAACGCUACCCUCUUACCGGUGAUACUGAGCCACGCGCCCUCCGGAGCGUCAGUUGAGCAGGUCAAUCAUUACUUCCAGGGGAUCAUGUCGGGGAUGUUUCGGCAGUACGAUCACGGAGUUGAUAUGAACAUGAAGAAAUAUGGCAGAGUAACACCUCCGAGUUACCCCCUGGAGAAGAUAUCGGCUCCUGUGGCUUUGUUUUUUAGUGACGAUGAUACUCUUUGCUCGUCCCGUGAUGCUUAUAAGCUACACAGAAGAUUGAACAAUUGUGUCGAUAUGUAUAAACCACCUAACGAGUACCACUUUAAUCACGUGGAUUUCAUAUGGGCGAAGCACUUCAGAAUUGUGAUAUACAAUAGGAUCAUAAAAUUGUUAAGAAAAUUCGUUUAAUCAUGUUAUAUUCUUAUACUACUCAAAGUGAUAAAGUGACAAGUCAUGGGGCAACCGCCCCUUCUAGACACGAACCGCACCGUGGAGAACUCAGAUUGUACUCCGUGGCAUUCAUCGUAUAUUGCCACUCCUGAAGACUUAGGUGUCUUGGUUUUCCACUCAGAAAUUGCACUGGCCACUUUAAGCUUCAGACUGAAGGGUUACGUAAAAAUUGCGGCUUCACAACAGAAACAAUUCCCAUCUAUUUUGAGUCAUACAAAUGCCGCAAUAUUUCAGUAGAUAAUAGACAGAAGUUUAUGGGAAAGGAUUGUAGCAAAGAGAACUAAUAUGUUAGUCUAAAUCUUCCUGCUUGUUUUUCCAUCUAAAUAUAAUAUGCAUUAAUUUAAAGCAAAUGUGAAUAGGCUAUUCGAGGGCCCGCGAUCUCCAUCUUGACCACAUCGUUAGAUACAUUUCCAUCAGGUCAGAUCGUGAUCAAUUGCGGGCCCUUACAAUAGUAAAAACAAAUUGAUGGUAAUGUCUAGUAAAUUGACCUUCUCGGUUCUUCAGAACUUCUUCCAGUUUUUUUAUGAACUAACUACCGGCCCUAGCUUGCAUGAUUUUAAAUAUUUAAUUAAGAAAAUGAGACGAAUUUUUUCUUCACAAUCUGUCAUUCACUGGGUAUAUAAACCAGCAAACGUGGGGGGAAAGGGAUUAUAUUGGGGUCUAACUGACCGAUUGCUAGCAAUACACCCUAUCAGAUCGAUCUCCACGCGGUUCCCCCUGGAAACCAUCGUGGUUAAUUGUAGUGGAAUUCGUCACGAUGGGCUAAGUGACCUACUUC